ACCCGUCGGUGCGGCGGGCUGCGCGCUGCUCUCUCCGCUCGCCCCCGCGCCCUCCCGACCCGCCGGGCCAGUUCCGCCGCCCGCUGCCUCCGCCAGACAUGACACAAGACUACGACAAGUGAGCGCGCGGGGCGGGGAGGGCCGGAGCCGCGGCCGGUCCGACCGGCGCUGCCUCCGGGGGUCGGGGGGUGGCGGAGCCGGGGGAGCGCCGCGGCGCGGGGGGCUCUGGGGGCCGCCCCUCCAUCGCCUCGGGGGGGGCGGCGCGACCCCCGCGGCCAUCCCGCCCCUCUCCCCCCGCCCUUAUCUCCGGCGGCCGAUCAGCGGCGAGCGCCGGGGCAGGGCCGCUUUGAAACCCGACACCGCCGCCGGGCGUGGGGCAGCGCCGCCGCCGUCCGCCUCCCGCCCCCUACCGCGCCUUAAAGGCGGGCGGCGGCCCCGGGCCGGCACUGCUCGGUGCGGUGCGGCGCGGCGGGGCGGGAGCCGCCGCCUCAGCCCCUGACGGCCCGCCCGGCCCGGGCUCCGCGCGCGCGGCGGAGGGCGCUGGAGCGGCCUCAUGGAUUUCUACGAGGCGCACCCCUCCGGCAAGGUGGAUUUCGGCAGUAAAAGACCCGUGUUGGUUCUUCAGAAUGACUCUCUCUACUCCCAGAGACGUCCUUACACCAGCGAAGAUGAGGCCUGGAAAUCCUUUCUUGAAAACCCACUUACAGCAGCCACCAAAGCUAUGAUGAGCAUCAAUGGCGAUGAGGACAGCGCAGCCGCCCUCGGACUGCUGUACGAUUACUACAAGGUUCCAAGGGAGAGGAGAUCUUCAACAGCUAAACCAGAGGUUGAACAUCCCGACCAAGAUCAUAGCAAAAGGAACAGCAUCCCAAACGUGACAGAGCAGUCACUUAUUUCCACCGGAGAAAACAGAGUCCAGGUUCUGAAAAAUGUACCUUUCAAUAUUGUCCUCCCACAUACGCCCCAGAUGGGCAUGGACAAGAGAGGCCACCUUACAACCCCCGACACGACGGUCACCGUUUCGAUUGCAACGAUGCCCACCCAUUCCAUCAAAACGGAGACGCAGCCCCACGGCUUUGCAGUGGGCAUCCCUCCCAGCGUCUACCACCCCGAGCCCCCCGAGCGGGUGGUGGUGUUCGACAGGAACCUCACUCCUGACCAGUUCAAUUCCAACACCCAGCCACAGAACUCCCAGAGGCGAACGCCGGACUCUACCUUUUCAGAGACCUUCAAGGAAGGCGUGCAAGAGGUUUUCUUUCCUGCUGAAUUGAAUCUCCGGAUGGCCAACAUGAACUCAGAAGAUUAUGUUUUUGACAGCAUUUCAGGGAAUAACUUUGAAUAUACUCUGGAAGCCUCCAAGUCCCUUCGACAGAAACCUGGGGACAGCACGAUGACUUACCUAAAUAAGGGUCAGUUUUACCCAAUCACACUGAAAGAAGUCAGCAGCAGUGAAGGAAUCCAUCACCCCAUCAGUAAAGUCCGCAGUGUCAUCAUGGUAGUGUUUGCUGAAGACAAAACAAGAGAAGAUCAGCUCCGGCACUGGAAAUACUGGCACUCAAGACAACACACAGCCAAACAAAGAUGCAUUGACAUAGCUGACUACAAGGAGAGCUUCAACACCAUCAGUAACAUUGAAGAGAUCGCAUACAAUGCCAUAUCCUUCACUUGGGACAUCAACGAGGAAGCAAAGGUUUUCAUCUCUGUGAACUGCCUCAGCACAGACUUUUCUUCUCAGAAGGGAGUUAAAGGCCUGCCCCUGAAUCUUCAGAUUGACACCUACAGCUACAACAACAGGAGUAACAAACCUGUGCACCGUGCCUACUGCCAGAUUAAAGUCUUCUGUGACAAGGGAGCAGAAAGGAAGAUCAGGGAUGAAGAACGAAAGCAGAGCAAGAGAAAAGGCAAGUGCACUGACCCCAGCUCUCAGUUGAAUGCCUUUUCUGAUGUCAAAGUGCCAAUGCUUCCCUCACAUAAGCGGACAGACAUCACUAUCUUCAAGCCCUUCAUGGAUCUAGACACUCAGCCGGUCCUCUUCAUUCCUGAUGUUCACUUUGCAAAUCUGCAGCGUGGUGCUCAUGUCCUUCCUGUUGCUUCUGAAGAGCUAGAAGGUGAAAGCUCCAACCUGAAGAGAGGAGGUUACAUUGGCGAAGAGGACUUCAUGGCUACUCCCAACAAAAUGGCUAGAAUAGAAGAACCAAAAAGAGUGUUGCUUUAUGUCCGAAAAGAGUCAGAGGAAGUCUUUGAUGCACUUAUGUUGAAGACACCAUCUCUGAAAGGCCUAAUGGAAGCUAUAUCUGACAAGUACGACGUUCCUUUUGAUAAAAUAGGAAAAAUCUUCAAAAAAUGUAAAAAAGGAAUUCUGGUCAACAUGGAUGAUAACAUUGUGAAACACUAUUCUAAUGAAGAUACCUUCCAGUUGCAGAUCGAAGAAGUUGGAGGAUCUUACAAGCUGACUCUCACUGAGAUCUAAGAUCACGGAUCCUCUGUGGAUUUUAAGCACAGAUCUCGAGUGAUCGUUUUCCCAUGAUGUAGUGUGUUGGGUAAAACACUGAUCACCUUCUCCGGGAGCAAGUCAGGUGCCUGACUCGUUCUGGGGAUCAGAGAGGUGUUUUUGCUCGAUACCUUUGUGUCUCUGUUCUUUCUAGAGAACGUUGUAAUGCUCAUGGCCUUAUUUGCACUUGAAACCGGUGAGCAAAGAACAGCAAUUAAAUAGAGCAUGUAUAAAAGACUAAUAGAUAAGGGAAGGGGAAACCCUUGGAAGGUGGCCUUUUAGAGCGGUGAUGUCUUAUUUAUCUAUUCGGUACCCACGAUUGAGCCCGUUAUCAGCUAAUAGCGUUUUACUGGACUGUUUUCUGUUAGGUAGAGCUGCAAAACUACUGACUGAAACUGGUAGGAAUUGCGUGCAGGUCGGAGAAAAGUCAUCAUAAUGUUUACUCUAUCAGGGCAGGUUGUUGAAAUCACUUGUGUCGUUGGGGGGGGAUGUAAUACUGCCUUGCUUAUGAAGAACUCGCCUUAGUAACUGUGUGAACUCUCAUCAGAUGAAGCUAUAUUGUAUAUAAGUGCAAUAUAUUUUUGAAGGUUUGUAAAUGUGUACAUACAAGUGAUAUAUAAUAUAUAUAAAAUACGGUGUUUGUGUAUAUACCAUGAAUAUAUGCAAAGAAGCCCAUCUAAAAGGAUGCCAUAUACAGAGAAAACAGAUAUUUAACGUAGCUAUUUAAGAAAAGGACGAAGCCUUAACAUGCACCGAAGGUGAGCACACAUUGGUACGUUCGUAGAACGCACAGAGACCUUGCUGAGCAUGCAUUUUCCUGCGUGGAGGGAAGGGUAGCAGCUCUCCUCAACCCCUCUGGACAGCAAGGCACCGGCAGCACUGUCUCCUGCCUGUCCCGGCUCUGAGCAGCGGUGUCCUGCUGCCCACAGGGGGUGGUCUGGGCUGAGGCCGAGAGGCUGUGCCCCCGAGAAAAGCUGAGCACAUUCAGGUUCCUUCAGACCUCACUUUGAGGGGUGAGGAAGUCUCCUGCAGGGUGGAUUUCUGUGUGGGGCGGUAUGCUUAGGGUUCCCCCAGACCUCUGCCAAGCCCUGUGGCAGCAGCUCGGUCUGGGGAAAUCCAGUGCUUGGCAAGGUGUUGGGUGCUGCAGCGGAGAACCGGGGCCACGGACAGGCUGAUUGCUGCUGGUGUGCAUCGUGCAGCACCGAGCUGGUGGGAGAACCAACGAGGGCAGCUGGUAGCAGCAGUCGGCCUGGUCCCAGCUGCCAGAAACCAAAACCAGCCACUGCGGUAGGCUCUCUGGUGCUUACUCAUUGUGCCUUUUGUGCUUAGGAAGGGAAGAUGCCCUCUGGUUAGCAGCAAGGCAGAGGUGCACAGCCAUGGCUGCAGCCGCCUGCACCGCAGGGUGGGACGUGAGCAGCUACGAAGCACCGGGAGCGGUGCCACCGUGUGCUGCUGGCAGUGGUCUGCGUUAAUGGGAGGUUUACAGUGUUCUGAGGCAGCCCCAAAGCAGCGGGGGGCUGAGCGUGCGUUGCCCUGGGUUGACCUGGAUAGGCUGGAGAAGCGGGCUGGCAAAGUAGGCCCUUCCCACUGCCGUCCCGCCGGGAGCUCGGGGCUGAGGGAGCAGAGCCUCCAAGCGUGCGGAUCCGUGCUCCCAGUCCUUGUGGUGGGCUUCAAUUGCAGAAAUUCAGGUUGCCGAUGGAGAAGGUUGCUCAGGGAGGGCUGUGGCCUUUGGCGUCAGAGCUCCCCAGAGCCAGGCCGGAUGACAUCCCCUGGUGGCUGCGGGUACAGUUAAUGCUGCCCCGGUGCUGGGACGAGCUCCCUACCUGAGAUCCCUCCUUGCCAUAUAUUUUGUUAUUUUAUGACUUUAUGAACCUUAGGAUUUUGGGAUUUAUGCCUGGGCCGACCCCAAGGAGGCUCACACAGCGUCCCAUUCCCAAUCCUCCCCUCUGCCGGCACCGCGUGCCCUCCUGCUAACGGCCUGCUGGGGCCUGGGCUGAGCCGGCACCGCCGUGGGGCUGCCCGUGUGAGCGAGGGGGCUUCUUAAACCUCAUAUAUCCAACACGUAUCAUAUAUUUGUAUCGGAAGUGGAAGUUCUAUCGCAGAAACUCAGUCUGGGGUCAGGGAAGUAGUUUGGGGUUUCCGUAGGGGUAGGAUUGGCACAACCGUUAGUUCUUUUUUUUUUACUGCGUAAUGAAGUAGGUGGGCUAAAUCUGAUGGGUUUUUCCUCUCAGGCUCUCUGGGACGCGGGUCUUCUCACUGUAGCAGCAACCUCGUGUAUGUGUUACGGAACUGACUGUUUGGUUUUGCCUGCUGUUUUUUAAUUGAAAACGUAUUUUAAACCAAGCUAUUAAAUUUUAUAUGUUCCAUUUCUAA